AUGGCUCCAACCAAAGUGGCAAUUCUGGACGACUACCAAGGGGUUGCUGACCCCUUCUUCAAGAAACUAGACCCAUCCAAGUAUGAAGUCGUGUCUAUCAAGGAUACGUUGCUGCCUUACAACCACCAAGACAGCUCACAAUCGAACAAGGAUGCUCUAGUUGAGAGAUUCAAGCCCUUCGAUGUUAUCUGCACGAUGAGGGAGCGCACACCCUUCCCUCGAGAGUUGAUUGAGCAACUCCCUUCUCUGAAGCUUCUUCUCACCACAGCAUUUCGCAACAGAUCCCUGGACCUAGAUGCCCUCAAAGAACGAGGGAUCCCAGUUGCCGGAACAGUUGAUAAGCCCCGUAGCGGCAAGCCAGUGCUCGCUGGCACGGGCAGCACCACUCAACACUGCGUCACGCUCAUCCUCUCGCUCGCUCGAGGCAUCGCCAGGGAUGACGCCGCUGUCAAGGAGGGACUGUGGCAAACAGGUCUCGCGACUGAUCUCUCAGGAAAAACUUUGGGUGUCCUCGGCCUCGGGAGAUUGGGAAGCGCAGUCGCGAGGAUUCUCAACGUCGCAUUGGGUAUGAAGAUUAUCGCGUGGAGCAGCAAUCUCACACAGGAGGCGGCAGACGAGAAGGCCAGGGAAGCUGGUCUUCCUGUUGAGGAUGGGGAGGGUGAGAAGACGUUCAAAGUGGUAAGCCGAGAUGAGUUCUUCAGAACUGCCGACGUGGUGUCUGUCCACCUUGUCCUGUCUGAUAGGACACGCGGCAUAGUCAACAAAGAGGACUUGGCAAAGAUGAAGCCGACAGCCUUGUUUGUCAAUACCUCUCGCGGACCCCUCGUCGUGGAGAGAGAUCUUCUCGAUCACCUCAAGGCUGGCCGUAUUAGGGGUGCAGCUGUCGAUGUCUUUGAGCCGGAACCUCUCCCGGCCGACAGUGAGUGGCGCAACAAGAACUGGGGUCGCGAUGGAUCAAGUCAAGUUCUGGUCACCCCUCACAUGGGCUAUUGCGAGGAGGACACCAUCAAGUCGUGGUAUGAGCAGCAGGUUGAGAACAUUGAGCGAUGGGCUGCCAACGAGCCGUUACACAACGUAUUCACCUAG